CCCCCACUGUUACAUAUGUGCCUGACCACCACAGCCCUUACACCAAAGUCACCAGUGAAAAUGCUUCACGUUCUUCUCUUCUUUUAUUUCCUUGUGUCCUCCUCUCAUGCAGCAGUCCAAGACUUCUGCGUGGCGGACCUGAAAGCCCCACAAGGUCCUGCAGGCUACUCCUGCAAGACGCCUGCAAAAGUAACAGUUGAUGACUUCGUGUACUCAGGCCUAGGUGUGGCUGGAAACACCUCAAACUUCAUCAAAGCUUCCAUAAACACAGCAUUUGCUGAUAAAUUCCCAGGCCUAAAUGGUCUUGGUCUCUCCAUGGCUCGGGUGGACCUGGCCCCCGGCGGUGCGAUUCCAAUGCACAGCCACCCUGGUGCUUCGGAGACGCUACUUGUGGCCAAGGGCUCUGUCAUUGCUGCUUUCGUCUCUUCAGAUAAUACUGUCUACUCGAAGACACUCAAAGAGGGAGAUAUCAUGGUUUUCCCUCAAGGCUUGCUGCAUUUCGAGGUGAAUACUGGCCGGACGCCGGCACUCAUUUGGGUUAGCUUCAGUAGCUCGAACCCCGGCCUGCAGAUCAUGAGCUAUGCGCUGUUUAGCAGCAGCUUGCCUUCUGAAUUGAUAGAGAAGACCACCUUUCUUGAUGAUGAUGAAGUGAAGAGGCUCAAGGCUCUUCUUGGGGGGUCUGGCUAGCUAACUAAGCUUGGCCAUGCAGCUCCUUUACUUUGCAAUCACUUCAGUCCGUUCACCUCAUGACUAGGUCUGUCAAGCUAUUGGUUCUUUGGAUCAAUGGUAUAUGUAGUCUAAAUUUGAUUUCCAGGGUGAGAUUACUAUGUACUAGUAUUGCUAAUAAAAGCUACUCACGUUCAUCCAAUGAUGUCAAACCAACCUCGUGGAAAAAA